CUUCGCGCGUUUAUCAGUCGCUAAAAAGCGUCCGCGCGUAGCGGUACUCAUUUCUCUUUUAUUUCUCCGUUCAUAUGUCUAAAAUUUUUUGAAAAAAUAACAUAAACCAUCGAUUAAUGAGUUACCCGCGCCAUACAAUUCAAUAACAAAAAUAAAGGUAAUUUUCCUGUCAGCAAAAGAAUCCUAAUUUUUUUCACGUUCAAAAAAUCUCAAUAAUUCUGAACGCAUAAUUUACCUUGUGCCUAAUUCGUGAUUGCUAAAGCGUAACUUUUUUAUUUGGAAUAAUUUCAUAAUAAACGAAUAUUAUAGAGUAAUAUUGCCAGUGUUACAUGUUAUUAACAAAUUGUUUUUUAAUAAAGUUAAAAUAGUAAAAAUAUUCGUAAAUUGUUUGACAAAUACUGUUGGACGCAAAUAUGAAAACUCCAAUCUCAAAAAGAAAAUGUUUUUUAUUUGGUGGUGCUGCUAUUGUCGUAGCUACUGUAACUGGUGUCUUGGUGUGGCAGUUUGGAGUCAAAAAAUCAAAAUCACUAAGUAAUGGAGCAGUAGUAACUAACGGAUAUCAGUGUUCAGCAAUAGGAACGACAGUUUUAGAAAAUGGCGGAUCUGUUGCCGAUGCGGCAAUAGCUGCACUGUUUUGUGAAGGCGUCUCUCUACCGCAAAGUAUGGGCUUGGGAGGCGGAUUUCUCAUGACCAUUUACGAAAAAGAAACUGGAAAAGUUAGAUCGCUCAAUUCCAGAGAAGUAGCUCCUGGAGCGGCUACAGUCAACAUGUAUAAUGGGAGUUCAAGCUUGGCACAGAGAGGAGGAUUGUCAGUGGCUGUUCCCGGCGAAUUAAAGGGCUACUGGACUUUACAUCAAGAAUAUGGAAAAUUGCCGUGGAAAGACUUAGUACAACCUACUAUCGAUAUGUGUAAAGAAGGGAUUUAUGUAACUGCAUUUUUAGCCCGAAUUUAUUUAAGCAGUAAAGAUUUAUUAAUGAGUGAUCCCGUUUUAAGGGAUAUUUUUAUUGACCCAAGUACAACUGAACCUUAUAUAGAGGGUCAAUAUGUUAAAAUACUGAGAUUUGCGAAGACUCUAGAAAUAAUAGCUGAUGAAGGAGUGCAUGCUCUGUACAGUGCCAAUGGCUCGUUAAUAAAAGGUUUCGUUGAUGACAUUAAACAAAAUAACGGAAUCAUUACCGAAGAAGAUUUGAUAAACUAUCAACCCGAAUGGCAGGAACCUGUGCGAGCAGUACUUAAUGACAAUCAUACUCUAUACACCAGCCCUCUUCCAGGUUCCGGGGUGGUUUUAACCUACAUUCUGAACAUAUUAGAUGGGUUGUUGAAUUUGGAUCAACUCUAUACCACUCAGACGGUCCAGAGGAUUAUCGAGAGCUUUAAGUUUGGUUAUGGACACAGAACAUUGCUAGGAGAUGCUAAUUUUGUCAAUGUUACUGAGCUGGUGGCUAACUUAACUUCCAAAUCGUAUGCAAAAGAUAUCAGAUCAAAAAUCUUUGAUGAUCGUACUAGUCAAGAUCCUACCUAUUACGGCGCAAAGGCAUCCCUAGUGGAGGAUCAUGGAACUGCUCAUAUCUCUAUUUUGGCUCCCAAUGGCGAUGCGAUUUCUGUUACCAGCACAAUUAAUUAUGUAUUUGGUGCUGGUUUUGCUUCAAAUUCAACCGGCAUCAUUUUGAACGACGAAAUGGAUGACUUUGCCUUGCCCAACGUGACCAAUCUGUUUGGACUAGCUCCGUCGGAAGCCAAUUUUAUAGCACCGGGAAAAAGGCCGCUGUCAUCCAUGGUACCAUCGAUUAUCGUGAAAGACGAUGACGUAGUUCUGGUUACCGGAGCUGCAGGGGGUACCAAAAUAACCACUGUAAUAGCAUCGAUUCUUGUGAAGCAUCUGUGGUAUGAUGUAGACAUUCAAACAGCUAUGGAUGACAAAAGAGUACAUCAUCAGUUAAGUCCAAUGACAGUAGAAUUUGAAGAAGGCUUUAAUGAAACCUACCCAGAUAUUUCAAGAGAUAUAGUAAGUAUUGGCCAUGAAGUAAAAUACACCCCUACGUCAAACGGAUUUUCAGCUGUGACGUCAGUGACGACCAAGAAUGGAGAAAUAAAGGGGGCGUACGACAUCAGAAGAGGAGGAUAUAUUUCGUAUAUGUCCUAGGGAAAUUUUAAGAUAUUAAUUUAUUUUAAUGUUAAGUUCAAUAAAUUAAGACUGAUUUGUACUA